AUCUUCUCAAAUCCCAACGCUUAUUCUAUUUCUUCAUUCUUAGAACCCAACCCUUUCUUAGCGAGAUAUACCCUUUUCUCUCUCUAUUCCUCCUUUAGUUCAACCGCAUGCGAAUUGUCCGAUUCAUCGCUCACCAGAAUUUCACUCCAAGAGAAGCUAUUCCAAAUGGACCAUUUACCAAUGUCCUAAACAUUGGUCCUUUACGCCCAAUUAUCUUAUGAUACUUUGAACUCCUUUCCUUGAGAGAGGGGAGUUUGUUCAAAUUGAAGUUCACAUUCUUAAUGUUGGGGGAAAUAGAGAGAUUUUCCAAAGGAUUGCCUCAGGUAGUUGCCGACAUCUAUAUUAGUUUUGUGGAGUUAAAUCUUUCCUUGGUUUGAAUAAGAGAGAAUUCAUUAGUUUGCUUUGGGAGGUAUUUUUCUGACUAGCCAUUUCCUUACUGCCAUGGAUUUAUAUGCAUUAUGCAGAUCCUAUAGCAAACUUGUUUUCAGUUGUCCUUAGGUUAUGCUGGCCUCUGACUCAGAAGAACCUACACUUGAGCCUUGAGUUGAUGGGAUUCUGUAUGCAAAGCCUGUGCACUUAGCACCUAAGAUGAGCAAUGCUUCAUUGUCCUGAGAGAAGGAAAGCUGACAACUGUUGUGGAUUAAGCAGGAAACAUUUAUAGUUGUGGUUACCAAAUAUGUGGUGCCUUGUUGAAGAUAUACUAUUGUUCUCUUUAGAGAUUGUUGCUUUUGUAGAAUUUAGGCGACACGCCUUUGUUAUAUAGAUUUUUUCUUUGAAUGUUCAAUAGUUGAUUAGAGAAUAAAGUGAAGUAUUUUUAUACUUCUGAAGGUCUAUAUACUUAUUUUUCACAUAAUUUUUUUUUGCAUGUCCUCCUUUGCUUCUCCCUCUUUUUCUAGUUUGUAAGCUAAUUUGCCUUAUUUUUGGUGGAUUUAAAUGAUGCUAAUAGCACUAAGAUAAAGCAUCCUUAUCCCAAGCAUUUUCCUUUAGUUUUAUCUCUUAUUUGAGUAUAUUCCUAAGAAUUAGUGUUCUUCUGUGGAAGUUUGUGUAAAUAUAUGAUCGAAAGACACAAGAGAGGCUUUAUCUUGUCAGAUAUGUUACUUUAGCUACCAUAUUAGUUUCAAAAUUGACAUGGAUCUGGAUCUGGAGUUUAGUCAUAUGCUUUGUUGUGCACUUGGCCACAAUCAAACUUGGAAUGUAAGAAAGCAAUGAAUAGAGAGGUGAGAUCAAUUUCUGUACUUGCUCUACUCACAGUUGCCUCUCAUUACUGAAAAGAUCUAUUGCUCUAUGGAAACAACUCUGAACAGAUUUGAAGUCUAGCUUGUGAAUGAAGGUGAAAAGUGAAAAAAUUAUAUUCAGGUUAAGUUCUAUGGCUCUUUAUUGGUUGGUUUGUUAGCUAAGGCAGUAUUUUGCUGGACGUGAUUAUGGCACACAGACACAUAUAUAAUACAUCACAGAUAUUUGACGCAGAGUCUGAUCAGCACUGGAAUCUUUUACACUCUGAAGAUCCAUACCACCGACUUGCUAGGUCUAGCUCUGCAGAAAGUACCACAAUAUUUCAUCCUGCAGAUAAUGGACCAGUGAAUCGAGCUCAUUCAUGGAAUACUGCUAGACUGAGUAGAUAUCCUUCAUCUGGCCAGAUGGCCAAUGCACCACAUUAUCAGCCUGAUUCUUCUGAUCUUACUCGUGAUUUUGUACAUCCAUCUGCUGCUGGAAAUGCCUUUAUAGUUCCAGAACGCCAUGCUCACCAUCCAUCUUCCUCAUAUUAUGGAGUUGAAAGCAAUUUCCUUAAUAUUUCAAUGGGAAACGGAAGGGGCCCUUACAAAAGGAAAAGACCUGGGAUUCCUGAUAUCACCGAGAGAGGCAGCACAAGCAGUUACUAUUGUGCUGGAAGUUCGUCUGAUGUCGCGACAUCAUCAGCACCGCGGCAGGAAAAAUCAACUGUGGAUACUCAACUUGAUCACUGGGAGGCUCUACCAUCGAUUGGAGGUGAAACCUCUACAAGGAAUGUGAGAAGCCGAUCUGCCAAUUACAGGACCAAUCAACCAUCAAUUGGAGGUGAAACCUCUACGAGGAAUGUGAGAAGCCAAUCUACCAAUUACAGUACCAACCAACCAUCAAUUGGAGGUGAAACCUCUACGAGGAAUGUGAGAAGUCAAUCUGCCAAUUACAGGACCAAUCAACCAUCAAUUGGAGGUGAAAUCUCUACGAGGAAUGUGAGAAGUCAAUCUGCCAAUUACAGGACUAAUCAACCAUCAAUUGGAGGCGAGACCUCUACGAGGAGUGUGAGAAGCCAAUUCACUCUAGACUUAGAGUCUGAUGCGUUUAGGCCUCAUCUACCUGCCAAUUAUGCGCACCAUCCGAGUCCGAGUGCAAUUCCUAUUGAUCAUUUUGGAACAAUUGAUUCUUUUCAAAACCAAAGCGUUCCUUUACCACAACGGACUCCAAUUCAUGUGCCUGGUGCUCCUGUUGGUAGGACUGUGGUUCCAAGUAACUUGAAUCAUGAGAGUAAUCAAUUAUUUGCUGGAAGCAGCAUUGCGAAUUCUUCUUGGGAAAUGGCUGGCUAUCAUCAUGAACACAUUGCCAGCAGAAAUUCUCUUUCACAAAGUUUACAUCCUACUCCAUCUCAUACUAGGGGUGCUCGCAGUAGCUAUUCUCACAGAUCCGCUUCUAAUUGUAGAGUUGCGAUGGGCAAUUUACGUAUGAGCCAUGUUGCUUCCUCCAAUGAUGGUCUUCAGUUACCGGGGGAGAAUCAUUCCACAAGGCAUCAAAGACCUUUUGGCCCCAUAGGAUGGCACAAUGGUGGCAGGAUUGGUAGAUCUAGGUAUUCCUCUGAGAGAUAUCGUUUAUUUUCUGAGGAUGCUGGUGAACAUGAUCGAUUGACCCCUGAGGGUCUGAUGGUUAUUGACCAUUCUCUGUAUGGCUCAAGGAAUUUUUCGGAUCAACAUCGAGACAUGAGGCUAGAUGUUGACAAUAUGAGCUAUGAGGAAUUACUUGCUCUCGGAGAGAGGAUUGGAAGUGUCAACAUUGGGUUGCGUGAAGAUCAACUGCCCAAAUGUUUGACGGAGACAGUAUACGGUUCAUCAGAUCAAGUGCAGGAAGAAGGAAGAUGUGUAAUAUGCCUGGAGGAGUAUGAGCAUAUGGAUGAUAUUGGAACCCUUAAAGCUUGCGGUCACGAUUAUCAUGUAAGCUGCAUCAAAAAAUGGCUAUCGAUGAAGAAUACUUGUCCAAUCUGCAAGGGUCCAGCCAUGCCAGAUAGUAUAAAGGAGACAUGAGCUGAAGCUGCUUAUGUUAUUCUCUAUUCUUUGUAAAUAUCCUACCUUACGUAAAAAGGUGAUUGAGACUUUCCUCAAUUGGAGGAAUCUCAUCUAGGUUUAUUAUAAACUAUUAUUAGUAAAUUUGAUCAUGAACAAUUCAAAUUAGUAGUUUAUUUUAACUGUUGUUUUCUUGGACUUAGUUAUGUAUGCAAAUAUUAUUAGUUAAUAUUUUAAAUUGAGGUUUUCUCAUUGUACUUUAGUUCAAUCCAUGAGUAACAACCAAUAUUUAGAGGUGAAUUACAUUUUGUGGGGCUAUUACAUGACAUUGCUUCUUUUUUUUUAAAAAAAAAAAAAAUGUUGCUAGGGUUUAGAGUGAAUCCUUAUCAGCAAGAGAAUGCAUUUAUUUUUUUUGUAAAUGAUGAGGGAUCAAGAACAGAAUUUUCAUCAUAAAGUGAAAAAGAAAGUUUUUACUUAUUAAGUUGACUCAUAAUUCUCUUAUUUAUCAAUUUAAGGGCAAUCUUAACGGCGAAAUCAAUUACUUGUUUGACAUUGCUCGGUUUGGCCUUUUUAUUAACUUAUUAAAAUGUUUCUUUUUUUUUUGGUAUUUAAAUGUUUCUUCUUUUUUUUUUUUUGGAAAAGUUGGUCCCAAGAAUGUUGCUUAUAUAUAAGAUGUUAGAAUGUUGUAAACUAAUAAAUCAGUCACAUAAGCUUGC